UGAAUGAAGUAGGGAAAGUAUUUCUUGCCACCAACAGUGAUUAUAAAUACACAGAUAAAAUUAUGACUUACCUGUUUGAUUUUCCACAUGGCCCCAAGCCUGGGAGCUCCCAUCGACCAUGGCAGUCCUACUUUGACCUGAUCUUGGUAGAUGCACGAAAGCCACUCUUUUUUGGAGAAGGCACAGUAUUACGUCAAGUGGAUACUAAAACUGGCAAGCUGAAAAUUGGUACCUACACAGGUCCCCUCCAGCAUGGUAUUGUCUACUCAGGAGGUUCAUCUGAUACCAUCUGUGAUCUGUUGGGAGCCAAGGGCAAAGACAUUUUGUAUAUUGGAGAUCACAUUUUUGGAGACAUUUUAAAAUCAAAGAAACGGCAAGGAUGGCGAACUUUCUUAGUGAUUCCUGAGCUUGCACAGGAGCUGCAUGUCUGGACUGACAAGAGUUCACUUUUUGAAGAACUUCAGAGCUUGGAUAUUUUCUUGGCUGAACUCUACAAGCACCUUGACAGCAGUAGCAAUGAGCGCCCAGACAUUAGCUCCAUUCAGAGACGAAUUAAGAAAGUAACUCAUGAUAUGGACAUGUGCUAUGGGAUGAUGGGAAGCCUCUUUCGCAGUGGCUCCCGGCAGACACUCUUUGCCAGCCAAGUGAUGCGUUAUGCUGAUCUCUAUGCAGCAUCUUUCAUCAACCUGCUAUAUUACCCAUUCAGCUACCUCUUCAGGGCUGCCCAUGUCCUGAUGCCUCAUGAAUCAACGGUGGAGCACACACAUGUAGAUAUCAAUGAGAUGGAGUCCCCUCUUGCCACCCGAAACCGCACAUCAGUGGAUUUCAAAGACACUGACUAUAAGCGGCACCAGUUGACAAGGUCAAUUAGUGAGAUUAAACCCCCCAACCUCUUCCCGCUGGCUCCCCAGGAAAUUACACACUGCCAUGAUGAGGAUGAUGAUGAAGAGGAGGAGGAGGAAGAAUAAGGAGGAAAACCAAAACCUUGGAUGCCCCUUAAACAAGUUCUGGCAGGACUCACAGGAGCAAAGAAUGUCCUUGUUUGGGUUCUACUGGAGAGGGGUUGGGGGGCUCCAUCAAAGGUAUGUCCAGAAAGUUUCUGAAGACUUAAAAAUAUUCUAAUCAUAGGGUGAUACUUGUUUUAGUUUUGUGUAUCUGUAUUCUUUGCAGAUGGUUUGAAAUUGUAAUGGAGUCUGUAUUGAAAGAAAGGGUAAAGUCAGGCUGAACUGCAUGCAGAUGGCUCCAUUGUGGCUUGUGACAGUUUUUCUUGUCUUUUUUUCAUCACAAUAUGUCAUAGUGUAUCUGGAUACACUAAGGGUGGUGAAGGGUUUCAGAGUGGAACAAGGAGAACAGUAGGAAGAGGUGAUACAAAAAUGUUGCUACAAAUUGUGCUGUUACUCCAAAAUCCAACUUUACACAGUAUUGUAUGUCAGUUGGAGAAAUAUAUUGUUUUCAUCAUCAAGUGUAGUUUUCUGUCGAGGUCAAGUUUCCUUUCAUAAGCCUUUGAGUAUCUUCACUGACCCUGGCAAGGCUGCCGCUCUGACAUUGCCUUUGCAGAAAUGUUCUGCUUUGGGGUUGGUCUGGAAGGGACUGCAGGGAAUGUAUUUUGAGGUGAAAGUCCUUAUCCUUUCUACAUUUUUUAAGUUAAUAGCACAAAUGCACCCUUUUUCUAAUCUGCGAUACAUCUAUAAAGGAAUUUAGCUGAAAGAGGACAAAGGAGCAAGCCCCCAGAAGGGGAAAAAAAAAAAAAAACAGCCUUCUCC